AGAAGCGUCCACUAGGUGUGGCCCACUGACGACGAGUUCGUCUUUGUACAUUGUUACGAGCGGAAGAAGAGGAGAAACGGAGGAAGUGACCAUCGCCCACAGCAGACGACAGACGGACUCGCGGGGGUCGGAGACCGGACCCGCGAUGAGGACGUCGGCGCUGCUGACGGCCGCCGUGGCCGCGGUGGCCCUGGUGGCCGUGUGCCGCGCGCCCGCGGCCGGUUGCAGCGACGGCGGUGCAACGCUGUCGCCGCACAUGCACCACAACAUAGCGAUACUGCCCAGCGACGUGUACCCGGGAUACGGCAUCAAACAGUUCACCAGCGACAACAAGUAYGCGUACUUCCGGCUGCUCGAGACCGGAUUCUCGCAGUUCUUCGCCGUGCUCAAGGACGGACUGCUGAUGACCACCACCGACCUGGGGCUGCUGGUCAAGCGGCCCGUCAACCUGGUCGUGCUGGAGGAGUCGCCGAACGCCACGUUCACGCACAACAUGCAGCUGUUCGUGUUGGAGAAGCGCGAGAUGCUGCGGUUCGCCGGCGACGCUGCCUACCCGGACGGCAAGGUGUCGGAGAACAAGCCGCCGGGGACGAGGGUCCGCGGCGUGCCGGUGCUGCACGCGUUCGGCGAAGGCGUGGCCGGGCUGCCCAUACGGUACGCGAUCGUGGACGGCAACGACGACGGGGCGUUCGCGCUCAAGACGGCCGAGAACAUCAUCGCCGGCAACAUCACGAACAAGUCGUACUACCGGGGCGUGCACCUGGUCACCAAGCGGCCGUUGGACAGGGAACAGCGCCCGUCGUACGACCUGAUCGUGCAGGCGGCCGACGGCAGCGGCAUCGACAAGGCGUACGCCACCGUGCACGUGGACGUGCUGGACGAGAACGACAACAGCCCCGUGUUCGGACAGGCCCUGUACAAGAUCAACGUGGACGGGUUCGCGCUCGGCCUGGACAACGGGACGGCGGGCCCCGGCCGGUACUCGGCCGUGGGCCGCGUGUCGGCCACUGACGCUGACGGCGACCACGUCGCUUACCGGCUGUCCGCGCCUAGCUCCGCCGUCGUCGUCGUACCGCAGACCGGCGAGCUGCUCGUGUCCGACGACGUGCUCCGGUCCCGCGAGUACUUCGAGUGUCAGCUGACCGUGGACGCGCACGACCUGCGCGAGCCGUCCCGCGUCGCCGACCGGCCGGCCACCGUCUGGAUCCAGUACAACUUUGUCGUGCUCGACGACGACGUGCUCAUGCAGGACUUUGGCGCGUACGACGACGCGGCCGACCACCGGGUGUACAAGCGCCGGGUGACGCGGGCCGUGCGGCCCACCAAGCGGAUCGAGUUCACCGAGACCGACGGCGAACAGGAGGGCCGGAGCGUGUUCCCGCUGGAAAAGGAGACCGAGAAGGAGACGUUCAAGAUCCGGGACGAGAACCCAUGGGUGACCGUCGAGCCGAACGGCGCCGUCCGGGUCAAGAAGAAGUGGGACUACGAGGAGUUGGGCCCCGAGAAGACCAUCGACUUUUGGGUGACCAUCACGAACGCCGGCGUCGGAG